AGAGAGAGGUUCCGAGAGCGGGCCGGCGGGGGCGGGUCAAGCCACCCUAGCGUGCCAAGAUGCCAAGACCAGGUUCAGGUUCCAGCUGUUGAAUUUCGAGAGCCUCCAGAGCAGAGCUCCAGGACAAAUUUGCCUGAGCUGUUGUUCAAGCUCUCCACAACGCCGAAGAUGGCAGACAAGGAGCUCAAAACUGAUGCCUCAAGCAGGAAAGAUGGAGCGGCGACCAAUCCUCGAGGCAUCCCAUAUGCGCCCUUCGUCGACAAGGUGGAAGAUUAUGUUACCGGCCGCGCAGAAGUCGAGGCGACCUUGAAGAAGUUCCAAGAGAUGAUACAAAAAUAUCAGUUCAUGGAAGCAAAUAAGCAAAGGGCAGCAAUGGGCCACAGAGAAAAGAUACCAGACAUACAGAAGACGUUGGAUAUGGUGAAGUUUCUCAAGACAAGAAAGCCUGGUGCGGACCCUAUCGAGACAACAUUCGAAUUGAACGACACUCUGUAUGCAAAGGCAAACAUACAACCUACGGAGGAGGUUUAUCUAUGGCUUGGAGCAAAUGUUAUGCUUUCAUAUCCCAUCGAUGAAGCCGAUGAACUUCUUACGACGAGACUUGCAACAGCCAAGCUGAAUUUGACAAACUGUGAAGAAGACCUUGACUUUCUAAGAGAGCAGGUUACGACUAUGGAGGUUGCUACGGCACGAGUGUAUAAUUGGGAUGUGACUAUGAAGCGGAAAGAGAAGCAAGACCAAGUAGCACUGGAAUCUGGAGGAAAGGAUGGGUCGCCAAAUGGAUGA